GAGAUAACAAAGAUCGAAGAUGCGAUUUUGUUGUACGAGAAGUUGAAGCAACAGGCUGAGGGACAUUCGUUUAAACAAGACAGAGAAUUGGAGUGCGAAGAUGCAGAAGGUAAUGUAAUGAGUUUGAGAGCCUUUGAAGAUUUAAGAAGACAGGGGCUUAUAUAA